CAAUAGUUUGAAAAAGUCCACAUUGAGAAAUCUUAUGAUCAGUAUUCCUCUCACAUAUAACCUGUCUGGCCUGGCCUGAGAGUUUCUCGAGUCGACCAAUAUGUGUCUCUGUAAAACCGUUACUCUACCGUCUGCACUAGUGUUUGCUUCAAUGUGCUUCUUGCUUCGGUUAGGAUUGUGUGACCGCGCUUAAAGGCUUCAGGAGCAAAAACUGCUUCGGCUUUGUGUGACUAUUCUCACUGCUGUCUUUGUAUUCUUUGUCAAGAUAUUUACCAGAGGAUUGCAAGGAGAAUAUAAUAUAAACUAUCAAGCACGAUCCUAAAGAGAAGAAAACGGCCAAAACUGCUGCGAACCCAGGCUGUGGAGUGUACAACGAUCUCAAAGAUAUAUUUUUGUAUUUGUGUAGUUUUUACAGUUUUCUAAAAACGGAUACGCCGAGUGCCUAUCCAUGUGCAACUAAGUGAUUCUAUCCUAUUUACAUUUGUGAUAACUAGCGCCCCCUGUGCAGACUUUCAAAACUAAAUCAUGGCCAUGGUAAACCCGAUGGGACCGAUGAUGAGCGGCGGAGGUGGAAAUAACUUUAACGUGAAAGACUCGCGGUGGCUGACACUGGAAGUUUGCCGCGAGUUUCAAAGGAGUAAGUGCUCGCGGCCGGAAACGGAAUGCAAAUUUGCACACCCUCCACCACAUGUAGAAGUACAGAAUGGACGAGUGACGUGUUGUUUUGAUUCUAUAAAGGGCAAAUGCCAGCGUAAAGAUCCACCAUGCAAGUAUUUACAUCCUCCACAACAUCUUAGAGAGCAGUUACUACAGAACGGAAAAAAUAAUUUAAUAUUAAAAAAUUUACAGAUGCAGGUUGCGCAAGCGUAUGGGAUUCCUCCCAUGGUGCCAGGAAUUAUACCAGUUACGUGGGGUACAAACCCACAACCUCAACAGCAACCUCAAACGCAGGUCCGAACCACACCCAUACCUACCGUCCAAUCAAGCGCCAGUGUAGCUGGGUCAAAGGUCAACAGUCUUUCUGGUGGUCUGUUGUACGCCCAUGACUUACAAAGCGGCGGAUCUCAAGAAAGUCAGUUGCGUCAAAUGAUGGCUGACGAACCAAACGGAAAUAUACAGCGCUACACAUCGUCACCCUACGGGGGGCCUGCCGGGCAUUCUUAUCUCAUGGCUGUUGAACCGAGCGGAAAAAGUUACAGCUAUGGGUCGUCCCCAUCGGUGCUACCCGGGCAAUCAUAUAUGAUGGCUCAUCCAUACUUCAACCCAGUCCAGACAGCUGCUUUUAGUCCUUACAACAUGUCUUCCCCGCUGCAGGGGAUGACGGGGAUGCUCCCCACAUCUGAACAGUCGCAGGUCUCUCUGGCGCAGUCUAACGCUCAAGUUUCCGCCAACCAGGGGGUGUUAGGCCAGCAACAAAAUAUGGGCAACCAGCAGAAAGUAGCCAGAGCAGAUCGAUUAGAGGUGUGUCGUGAAUCACAAAGAGGUACAUGCACGCGUCAACCUACUGAAUGUCGCUUUGCGCACCCUCCCGAACACGUUCAGGUUGACACCACCGACAACCAUGUCACGGUGUGUAUGGACUUUAUAAAGGGGAAAUGCUCACGUGAACCGUGUAGAUACUACCACCCGCCUGCCCACCUUCAAGCCCAGAUCAAGGCCACCCAACAGAGAUCUAACGUGGCUGUCGCGCAGUGUCAAAUGAAUUCGAACGCGGACCUUCAACAGGAUUCAUCACAUAACUGUGUCCAGUGCAUUUCAAAUCCGCAAGUGGUUGAGGUCUUGAAGGGCAAGAAACGACCUCUGGACUCGGCCGAAGAGCUGAUACUGGGUAUGCCACCACUACCCGGGAUGGUGCCGUAUGUGAAACGUCCAGCCAUGGCUGAUGCGAAGAGCGGUUUACCGAUGUACCAACCGGGUUCCGGCUCGGCGGCUGCGUAUCAGCAGGCGGCCCUGGCUGCCAUGCAACUACAACAAGGUCAGGCAUUUGUGCCGGUGUCAUUUGCUGGACACCCUCCCAGUGUGCCGCGAUUUUAAGUCUGGGCAGUGUGUGCGGCCACAGUGCAAGUAUGUACACCUUAUUGAAGAUUAUGUUGAAGUGACGGACGGUAAAGUGACUGUCUGUCGAGACGCGGCCAAGGGCAAGUGUAGUCGCCCGAUGUGCAAGUACUACCACGUUCCCGUUCUGCCCAACCUGAUUCUGUGAGGGCAGCAAGAGCGUGGAGUCAUAUCAAGGGCGGAAACGUAAAGUCAUGUGAUUUAGGACAAAUCGUCAAUCUGGACGGUGACAACACUGAUGUUUGUGGAUGUCUCACUGAUGUGAUCAGAAAUCUCCCUGGUGUGAGCAAAAGGUCACAUACGUGAUCAGGAAUAUCACAGAUGCGAUCAGAGAUAUCAUAUAUGUGAUUGAAGACCUCACAGUUGUGAUUGAACAUGUUGAAGACCUCUCACGGCCUAGAUGUGACCCCCAACAUCGUGAAUGUGAUCAGACAUUUCCAGAUUACGGACCUUAACGUUUUGUAUGUAGGAAGUUACCUUUUAUAUUUUUUUCUAUUCGAAAUGAGGUUUUUGUGUCAGCAAUUUUGUGUUCAAUUGUCAAGGAGGCAUACAUACCACACUUGUUUAAUUGUUGCGUGUCUUCAUUUCCUCUUAAUCGUCGACAGCUAUACACACCCUUUGUGAUUGUAUAGAGGUCUUCGAUCUCAGUAGGAUGAAACACAAACUGGAAGAUUUGUGAUUACACUCGAAAUUUUUCAAUCUAGUUUGAAGAAAAUUGGGGAUCUAAAAAGCUGUUUUAACGGACUGGUUUUGGAAAACCCUGAUUAAAGUCGCCCGCUAUGCUUGUCGAUGGAAUGCAUGCAACAGUGCCAAUGCUUUUCCAAGCUGUUCAAAAGUUCAGUCAGACCUAAAAAAGACCCAGCCAGCGCCAAGGAAAGCUUCACAUGCCAGCCUUUACAGUGCAUGCAACCUAAUUCUAGUGAAACACAUUGUUUUAGCGCUAGAAGGAAACCUCCGCUUUCACCACAGCCUUUAUAUCAACCUUGCCAGCAACGCCUUCUGGCAACAACCACAUAAAAUACUUUUUGGGGCAUCUAAAGUUAUCUGUGCCAUUUCCUAUUGCAUUUUGGAACUUGUCAUCUUGUGCACAAACACCAGAUUGACCAGCAUUGACUGUAAGACAACAUUUGAUAUGUGCCAUUAGUUAUCAAGCUAAAUACAAGGGUAUUUGAAGGACUAGCCAUCCUAACUUUUAUGAUUUUACUAUUGAAUGGUCAUUUCUUGAAAAAAAAACAGCAAACCUUCUCAAUGGAUGGACAACCAUGCCGAAUUGGAUGACUAACCAUCUGAAAACAAAUUGAUCUACAUCUCCAAAUUGGAUGAAUUGCCAUCCACGAUGGUUCUGAUACAAGUUUCAAACAAUAAGUCUUCCUAACCAAUUAAAGGUUUUUGUUUCAUAAACACACAAAAUAAAAAACUGUUCAUUUCUAUUUCAUCGUGCCAGAUAUGCAAAUUAGCAACUCUUGUGUGGUCGCAUGGUGUUCCCUAGCCGCCCUUGAUGUGUCUUGGUGUUAGUACAUGUGUGAUAUCAUCGAUGAUGUCACCGUUCUCGUCGAGGGCGCUGCAGGCAGUCAAGAAGAGACACGAGGCGAUGAUUGUUUUGUGUUGUCUCUACUUAAUAUCAUGGUAUUUUAUAUAAACUUUUGGGAAAUGUGCCAUGAAUCUACUACAUGUUUUCGGUGUCAGUUCAUAGGCUUUUAUGCCACUCUGUUGUAUUUGUUGGAAUGGAUGGACAACCAUACAAAAGGAUGGAAACCCGUCCCAAAGUGGAUGGAAAACCGUACAAAAGGAUGUGAUACCAUCCCAUUUCUUCGAAUUGUUGUAUUUUGCCUAGACAUCUUGGCUGCAUGCAGUACCCUUGGAUAAACUCGCUUGUGGCUAGAGCUAAUGCUGGAGUCUGCUGCCCUCUUUUGUGUCCUUCGAGCGUAGCCCAAAUAUUGAGAAUUUUGACAUCCUAACACUUGUGUCGGCCUAAUGUUCGAAAUGACUGAUAGAUGGUGGCAGACAAGCAUUUGCUUCACUUAGUCCAGUGCUUCAGUAUAAUCGAUCGUCCUCAGCAAAAGUUGAGAGAAUUGUUGCGGACAUGAACAUGUUCUGUAUAGGUGUAGUCGACAUUUUUAAAAUGUGUAAAAUCGUAUAUUAUAUGUAUAGACUAAUUAACAUUGUGAGUGCAAUGCUUAAAUCACUUAAAGAGUAAUUUAAUUACUUCUUGUGUGCCAUAUUCUAGAGGAUAAAUUUUAAUAGAAGUAACAUGUGUCAUGUCCGCAUUAAUUCGUUAAUUAAUUAAUUAGCUGAUAAUUAGCUCACUGUAAGUGCUAUUUAGUUGAUUAUCAUUGGUCAAUUAUAAUGAGUCAUAAUUCAUCACUCAUAAUUAAAAGUUAACUACUUGUACUUAUAGUUCUUACAGUGAGUAAUAUCAGGUAAUUAGUUAUCAAUAUAAUUAAUUAAUUACUGUACCAGUUGAUUAAUCAUCACCUUAUGUGCUUCAUUUAUCUACCACUGGUACAAUAUGUAGGUCAUCACUCUUGAGUAAGUUGUUAAAUUGUUCUUUUCACUCUUUUAGUUAAUGAUUUUUAGAUAUGUAUAAAUUCAAGUUUUUUAUGAAUAUUACAACUAUAUAGCAUGAUUAAUCUGUAAAAAAUCACUUGAGAAAGGAACAUGAAUAUUUUUUCAGACAUUAUUAUAACAAGACUGUCGUGUUCAUUGCACGACCUGUGUCGUGGCGAGAGAUAUUACUGGAUUGGAUAUUCAAGAUUUCAACAAUCAUUGUUGGUGUUUUUUGUAUAAACGUAAAUGACUACAACUUGGGUUUAAGAUUUGCGGUAAAUAUAUGUAUAACUUUUCCAAUGUUAUCUUUGGUUACUAUGGGGAUUUUAUUAAUUAAUAUUAAUUAGUACUAAUUAGGGUCAUCAUUAUGAAAACCAUACAUCUAAAUCAGAAGACAGUGAUCUAACAUCGGUGCGGGGAAUUUUCUAAAUGUGCUAUAUGCAUUUUGUCAGUUAUAAAACUCAAACUUUUGUGUCUAGAAUUUCUGGUUUCCAUGACUUCAUUUGGUCACUGGUUAUUGAAUGUGUAACAUCUCUGGUUAUCGCUUCUAAAUGACAUUUAGAUAUAAACAUGACUCUUAUCUAUUAAAAUACACUUUUCACACCACUUCAGGUGGACACUUUUAGGACUGAAAAUGUUUGAUGAAUGUGUUUCCCUCAAAUGACAUGGUCUCGAUCUUGAUCUAAAGCGCAAGAAGUUCAGAAUAAGUCACCAUUUCAAUUACAAGGGUGAAAUUUUGCCGCAAUAUUUUUAGUCUCAAAAGGGUUAAUGGCACUCUAAACUUUUAAAUUCAUGUUCUUGGAAGUCAUCUUAAAUCAUGCCACCAUCGUAGCAAUGGAAAUGAUCUCCAUCACAUCAUAUUACAUUUCGUCUGUAAAAUUGUUUUUUAGUUCCAAAAAUAUUGUGAAAAUUGUCAUUUUAAAUGGAACUUUUAGAAUCUGUCUUGAGGGGUUACCCUGUGCCCUCACUAUAUGCUAACUUCACUUUUUAACUAGUGUUUCUAUUUUAAAAUUCUUCAAGGAAGGACCUAUAGGUUUUCGUCCAUAACGUAGGUACUCUCAGAUUUUGUUUUUUCCUGAGCUUAUUCGAAGCAGACGCAUAUUGAAUCAUUUUGUGAUAAAAGAUACAAUUUAUUCUAUUCUAGAGUCGAGUAGUGUAUAGUACAUUUCAUCUUAGCUAGAACCAGAACUGGUCCAUUAUCUACUGUAAAUACACCUUAUUUACAGUCAAUUUACUGAGUUCUGCUUCUAGUGGUGGGGAAAAGUCUGUAUGUAGAUAUUAAUAUGUAGCGUUUUUCUCGUAAAAUGAAUGUGUACUUGUCCUAAAAGGACGACUGUAACUUUUUCGCUUUUUAAUUUGAGUGCUUAUUUUGUAAAAAAAGGCGUGCCAUUGCUUAACCUCUGGCAAGAAGCUUAUAUUGCAGGAGCCUUGUAUUUACCUGCUAGUUAAUAGGGGAUGCUACUCAAUGCUUUUUCACAAGUUUUGUAUCAACCUAACUCUAAAACCAAGAUUUGUGUACAUCAUCUAUGAUGUUGUUUCCACUCCGUUGAUUUUAGUCGUGUAAGACUGAUGUCAUCUGCUUUGCUACUUUGAGCUGAUGCAACUUCUCCUUGUUCUAGACAUUUUCUACUUUUAUGGAGGAUUCAUGAAAAAAAAUCUGAUUGCAAACACUGCUGCUACAGAAGAAAGGGGUUAAAAGAGAGAUAUGUUUAUUUCUUUUCCCGUAGGUGCACAAUACUGUUGAUUCAGAUACCCUCCUUGUCACACCGCACAACUCCAUUAAUCAGGAAAAAACCUCCCGUUACUAAGGAAUUGACUGGUUGCUAAGGUAAUCCAUGGUAACCAUGGCUCCUUGUCAUGGUAAGAAAAACGUAAGAAGUUUAACUUUAAAAGUCAGAAAAAACAAAUUGACAGUGAAAACCUUGGGUAGCCCCCUUGUUAACUUGGAGGUGUGUGAUUUUCAUUGCACUUGAUGUAGUUUUAUUUAGCUUUAACAUAAAAAACCGUUAGCCAACUACCUGGGCACUAAGCAGCUAAAAAUCGAAGACUUCAGGAAGCAAGCUUUCUUGUUUGUCUUGAUUGGUAUGACCAAUUCAUUGACUGGAAGAGUCCAUUCCAUAGUUUGGGGGAUUAUGGGCUUAGCCUAAAGAUGCAGCUGAAGUUUGCCAUAUUUGCAUUUUUGAAGGUCGUAACCUUUUUAAUCUCCGUUGCCAUAGAUAUACAAUUAAAUCAUGAUUCUACAACAUAUGUGCUGCGUAUAAUUUUAGGUGGUGGGCAUUGAUCUAUAGGCAGAUUUGGGUAUGGGUUCCCUUUAUAACUCUGGACCCCAGCAUCCACCUUGAAUCUGUCUCUUGGCCACUUAGUGCUUUGGUUUUAGGCUGGAUAAAAAAAUUAUGUAUGCCCUCUUUUUAAAGGGACUUUUUCCAUUUGGUUUCUUCAUUAAUUUGUUAUAUAGGCACUUUGUUAAGGUUCAGCUACAAGGGGGUCACGACGUGUCAAACACGCGAUGGCCAUUUUUGUUGUAUUUCUCUCGUUAUUUGACUUCAUUUAUCUUCGAGACGAGAAGUUGGAAACACAUUGUAGGAUUUCUUUCAAGAUAUUUUAAAUAUUGAAAAAUAUAUAAAUAGAUGAUUUAAAAAAUGACGCUUCAUGGAAACUAAGUUCCGUCUUGUUAUUCGCAAAUCGCUUCUUGUGCCACAGAAAUCGACAUAGUCUUAGGGUUGUCAAACAACUCAAUGCUUUAGUAUUUUCAUUUGCAUAUUUUUGCGCAACGCUGUACAUGUAAAUGUCUCCUCUAAAAUGUCUUGAAAGAUUUCCCCCAGAAGUAGGCUUAAGUGUGCAUGCAAACACGUUGCAUAGGUGACCUUUGGCCUUGGUUCAAGGUCAUUCGUAAAUGUAAAGGUCAAGGUCAAAGAUCCAUUGCUCAGUAACCAACGUAGGAUUUGCUUUGCUUAUGCAGAGGCCCAUAUGUUUUGACUACAACGGCUGCUUUUACCAACGUCUGUCCGCUUUGUUCUAUGUCCUGCUCUGAUAAUGUUGCUAAAAUAAAUCCUGCAUUCAGAGUAAACAGUA